AUGUUCCGAUCUGUCCGUACCGUGUCCCGGUUCAGCAGCAGCUCGAGCGCUCUUGCUCCUCGAUUCCUUCUUCUUUGUUGCAAUUCUGCCCCGAAUACUGCAACUUUCGGUUGUUUUUCAGCUUCUAAUUUACGCUUUUUUUCUUCUGACAAGUCAGCACCUGCACCAUCUGAUGCUGCAGAAAAUAAGACAACCUCGGUGGUGAAGAACUUUUUUUUCCCUAGCAUCUUUCAACAUUGGAAGAAAGAGCUUAUUCAGCAAGAGAAAGAAGAAUCUGGUGUGGAUGAAGCGAAAAACAGAACUCCUUCUGCUAUUGAUUUGGGUCUUAACUCGGUGGUUAAGGUCUUCACUGUCUCUAGCAAGCCUAGACUUUUUCAACCUUGGCAGAUUAGUAUGCAGAACGAAUGCUCUGGCUCUGGAUUUGUAAUCUCGGGAAAGAAGAUUAUUACGAAUGCUCAUGUAGUGGCUAAUCACACAUCAGUUAAAGUAAGAAAACAUGGUUCAUCCACAAAGUACAAAGCAAAAGUUCUAGCGAUUGGGCAUGAAUGUGAUUUGGCCAUCUUGGAGGUCAAUAGCGAUGAGUUUUGGAAAGGAAUGAACUUCUUGGACCUUGGAGACAUACCCAAUCUGCAGGAAGAGGUGGCCGUUGUUGGCUAUCCUUGCGGUGGUGACAGUAUAUCCGUUACAAAAGGUGUUGUGUCCAGAUUUGAGCUGAUAGAAUAUAGUCACAGCUCCACGGAGCUAUUGGCAAUACAAAUAGACGCAGCUAUCAACUCUGGAAAUAGUGGUGGUCCAGUAAUCAUGGGAGACAGAGUCGUUGGUGUAGCAUUUGAAAGCCUAUUUUGGUCUGAUGGUAUAGGCUACAUAAUUCCAACUACAGUAGUUAAGCAUUUUUUGAAUGGUGUUGAACAACAUGUUAGUUUCGGGUCGGUGAAUCUAUCAUAUCAGACGAUGGAGAAUGCCCAAAUCCGUGAAUACUAUAAGAUGAGCGACGAAAUGACAGGGAUUCUUAUAAACGAAAUAAACCCGCUCUCCGAUGCUCACAAAUUCCUGAAAAAAGAUGAUGUUAUUCUCGCGAUUGAUGGUGUUUCUAUAGGAAAUGAUAGUAAAGUUCAUUUUCGUAAACAGGAAACAAUAACUUUCAAGCAUUUGGUUUCCAUGAAGAAACCAUGUGAAACAGCGUUAGUUAAAGUCCUAAGAGAGGGAAAAGAGCAUGAGUUUAAUAUCAGUGUAAAACCUGUGCAACCACUAGUUCCGACGCAGCAUUUCGACAAGCAUCGAAGUUAUUGUAUAUACGGAGGGGUUGUACUUGUAGCUCUAACUAAACCAUAUAUUGAUAGCUCUUACAUUAGCGAAAGUUUUUUGGGAAAGAUGCCCAAAAAAGCCGUUGAACAGAUCGUAAUAAUUUCUCAGAUCUUAGAGGAUGACAUCAAUGCAGAUUACGAAGGUUUUGAAGAUUUGCAGGUGAAGAAAGUGAAUGGAGUGGAAGUGGAUAAUCUGAAGCAUCUAUGUCAGCUCAUAGAAGAAUGUUGCACCCGGUUUUUGAGGUUGGACUUGGAAAACGAAAAGGUUCUCGUCCUCAAUAAUAAAUCUGCAGAGAAAGCCACAUCUAGGAUCCUGAAAGAUCUCAAAAUACCGUCGGCCAUGUCCGAGGACCUUCGACCAAAACAGCUUAAUAGGGGCCUGAAAAAAAGAUUUAAUUCCGGCCACUGA